AUGCAAAAUAAUUGUUUGUGCACACCGGCUAUGGUCGCACCGGGCAUACAAAGCCAAAUGGCCGCUACGGCUAAUACUGGGCGCACUCCAGACGGCCACCAUUCAGGAGGAUAUAUACGAGUGGUCAAUAAAACACCAAAGACCUACUGGAUGACCAUAUUUUUUGGUGCGCGGCACCAUGUACACAGUCAUUCCCCGUUCAUUGUUUCCGCACGAGAGUUGAACGUAUUUGGUGGCGAUAAACAGCUGUUUUAUGUGAUACUAUUGCAUUAUACCUGGUUGGUCAAUUCCGUGGUCCAUAUGUUUGGGUAUAGGCCCUGUGAUAAAAGUAUCCAGCCCACUGAUACCACCUUGCUCGUCAGAGUGGGCACAUGUGUUCAGACAAACGGCCCGCCAAUCGUGACCAGCCAUACGAACCAGAAUAAUGACAACGUGAUAAUAAUUAAACUGCCCACAAUUCAUUCAAUAGCGGUCUAUGCUCUGUAUUUACAUUUCAACAAGGGCAUUGAUGGCUUGAGUGAGCUUGGUGCACACAGGCUAUGGUCGCACCGGGUAUACAAAGCCAAAUGGCCGCUACGGCUAAUACUGGGCGCUCUCCAGACGGCCACCAUUCAGGAGGAUAUAUACGAGUGGUCACUAAAACAUCGGUUGCACCACAAAUUCUCUGACACCGACGGCGAUCCCACCAACAUUAGCAGGGGCUUUUAUGGGCCCACAUUGGGUGGCUAUUUUUCAAACGCCACCCCACCUACCUGGCCAAAGCCCCUCGUGAGUGUGCGCGGCACCAUGUUCACGGCCAUUCCCCGUUUAUUGUUUCCGCAUGAAAGUUGGAUGUAUUUAUUAGAGAUGAACGUGCUGUUUUAUGUGAUACUAUUGCAUUAUACCUGGUUGGUCAAUUUCGUGGCCCAUAUGUUUGGUUAUAGGCCUUAUGAUAAAAGUAUUCAGUUCACUGAUAACACCGUGCUCGUCUACUUAGCUAUGGGCGGCGGUUACCUCAACUACCAUCACGCAUUUCUUCAGGAUUACUCCGGGUCCGAGUACAGGUGGGAGCAAAAUUUUAACCCAACCAACUUGCUCAUCGACAUGUUUGCAAAAAUUGGUUGGGCCUAUGAUCGCAAAAAAGUAUCGGCAGAAAUAGUACGCAUGCGUACAAAACGCGGCGGCUACCACAACUACCAUCACGCAUUCCCUCAGGAUUACUCCGGGUCUGAGUACGGGUGGGAACAAAAUUUCAACCCGACCACCUUGUUCAUAAACAUUACGCAUGCGCACAAAACGUACGGGCGAUACGACAGCCUUACGCCGGAACGCAAGCCAGAGACCAACUUGAAUGUGGUGCAAAAGGCCCUAAAGGUGGCCCUCAGACAGGCAAAGGCCCCAAUAACCCCAACGGUGGCCCUCCGACAGGCAAUGGCCCCAAAAGCCCCAAAAUGGGCCGUCAGAAAGGCAAAGGACGCCCGUAAACUAUAA